CCAGAUUUGCAAUCAGAAUGAUGACUUUCAUUAUGACACAACAAUGUGUGCAUUGGCAACAUUGUCCGGCUCAUAGCUGUCAUCCGACGCUGUUUGUGUGGUAUAGUAGAGUGGGUGGAAAUAGGCCUAAUUUGUUAUAAAUAAUAGGGCGUGUUUCGUUAUAUGAGUACUUUUUGCGAAAAAAAGUCGCGUAACAAUGGCGUGGCGAUUCAAGGCUUCGAAAUACAAGAAUGCUGCUCCGGUCGUACCAAAGCCAGAAGCUUGCAUACGAGACAUUUCUGUUGGCUCGUAUCAAACGUAUGGGAACAACAUUGCAGCUUCAGCUGCGUUUAUGGCAUUUAAUGUUGAUCAUAAUGGCUCCAGUCUUGCUGUACUUCCUAUUGAUGACUGUGGUCGCAAAAGUAAGACUAUGCCGCUUCUUCAUGCUCAUACAGACACAGUAACAGACAUGGACUUCUCUCCUUUCCAUGAUGGUCUCUUAGCAACAGGAUCUCAGGAUUGUCUUGUGAAAUUAUGGCACAUUCCAGACAAGGGCUUGGAAGAAAGUUUAUAUAAUGCAGAGUGUACUUUUUCUCACAAGCAGAGAAGAGUAGAGACUGUUUGUUUUCAUCCUACUGCCGAUUGCCUUCUUACAACAACUUCAUACACAACUUUGACAUUGUGGGACAUUAGCUCAGAGAAAGAAAUGCUCUCCAAUGCAGAGCAUAGUGAUGUAAUUCAGUCCUUAAGCUGGAAGAAGGAUGGAACAUUACUGGCGACUUCAUGUAAAGACAAGCAGGUUCGGAUAUUGGACCCACGCUUACCAGCAAACAGUUUUACGCACAUGGCUAACAGCCAUCAGAGUAUCAAGGAUUCGCGAGUAGUAUGGUUGGGAGACACUGGCAAGAUUCUUACCACCGGUUUCGAUUCUGGUCGGCAGAGGGAAGUGUUUAUUAGAGAUCUCAGGAACUUUGAAGAUUGUGAGAAGGCAUUAGUUUUGGACAGUUCUACAGGGAUCCUAAUUCCACUGUAUGAUCCUGACACUGGAAUGCUGUUCCUUGCUGGGAAGGGUGACACAACCAUUUCAUAUCUUGAGGUGACAGACCGAGAACCAUACCUUCUUGAAGGUAUUCGUCAUAAUGGUGAGCAGACCAAAGGUGCUUGCCUGGUUCCAAAGCGAAGUCUAGCUGUCAUGCAAGGGGAGGUGAAUAGGUUACUCCAACUGACAUCCUCAUCAGUCAUCCCCAUAAUGUAUCAAGUGCCAAGAAAGUCGUACCGAGACUUCCAUGCAGACCUAUUCCCUGAUACAACAGGCUGUGAAGCACAGUUGUCUGCAGUGCAGUGGCUGCAGGGGCACAAUGCACCUGUUCCUCGUAUUAGCUUAGAUCCUGCCAAGAGGUCUGCAGGAGAAAGUCCGAUUCAGGUCCACAGAGGAUCACUUUCUGAGAUGCGAAAGCAUCUUCAACAUAAUCCAUAUACAAGUACGAGUGUAUCCCAGCAGAAGACAUCAAAUAAAAUCCAAACUGCAGUGAAACUUAAAGAAGAAGGGCACAUGGUUAGAGACCAUAAGAUAGGAAAGGAUGAUGAGCGAAGCAGCAGUGAGAAUGGUCUUCAUCAUAAUAGUGACUCAACAAAGAGUCACCAGCAAAAUGGAAGUAGUGAGAAUCACCAGAUAAUACCACCCAAGCCAUUACCUCGGGCAUUGCGUGGUGGUUCCCUAUCAGAGACAGAAGAUGUGGUUGUGGCACCACCAAAACCCAAGCCACGUACUACAACUUCUACAAUUAGUACUUCUCAGCCUACCUCUGUUAUUCCUCCUGUGACUUCAGUGAACCCUGCCACUGCUAUUACAGGUGGCUAUAAGCAGCCUAGGCUUGGACCAAAACCUUUCACACCUCCUAAGCUGAACUUCAGUUCUUCUGGGAGUGGAGACGGUGACAUUAAGGGAACAACAGAAUUCUCAUUUGACAAAGUCUUCUCGGUCCCAGUGGCACCAGGUCAUGAAGCCAUGAAUGGGGCCCUUAACAGACAUGGAAACAGUUUUCACACAGUUGACAAUGAAAAUAGUGGGACCAACCAGAACCUUAGUUACAUUGAAAAUGAUUUGCAGAGUAAAGGAGGUGAGUAUAGGGAUGAAGAAUUGAAGGAAGUAUGUGAAGAUAUUCCACUGUCUGCCUGCAAAGAUAAUGUAGGUCCAUAUCAAGAUGAGACCAAAAGCAGAAUAGGACUACAGAGUGAAAAUGUGUCAGAAGGAGAUGUUCAGCCAAACAGUGGAAGUUUUGAAGAAUUAUCACCAACCUCACCAACAUUGCAUGGGAAACCUAAAACUCCCAGUACUGCUGAACGUAGGAAAUUUUAUGAGAAGAGAAUUAGUUCAAUAGCAGGCGAACAAGAAGGCACACAGCUUGCAGUAGACACAUUGAAAUUUGAUGAUACAGAUGAUAAACUUGAAGAUUUUGAACGUGCAUCAGUACAACGUUCCAGCAUAGCAGAACGUCGUCGCGUGUAUGAGAACCGAUCUGCAUCCAUUCAGGAAGCAAGUGCAGCUGAGAAAAGAAGUCCUACUUUGUCGCCAACUCCUCUAAGGCGGAAGGACUCAUAUAAGAGCUCUAAAGCUUGUGUGCCCGAUGUUGUGAAAGAAGAUAAAGAAGAUACAGAAAGUAAGAGGUCACCUGUUGCUGUGCAGCGGCAGCAGUCACAGGAACAACCAGCUGCUGGCAAGUCUCCACCAACACAAGACAAGAAGCCUGAACCAGCCACAACUCCAACACCGAAGAGGACUUCAACUGUGUUUGGCCGUGUGUCAAAAUUCCGACAUCUCAAGGGAACAUCUUUGCAUAAGUCAACACACAUUGAAAAUAUCCGGAAUGUCAGCAGACAGAUAUCUGGAGAAUGUGAUGGUUUCCAUGCGAACCGUGAAAGAGUUGCAGUGCCACUGAGUGGACCAGGUGGCAAGAUUGCAGUGUUUGAGCUCAGCAAGACUGGCAAGCUUCCAGAUGGAGUCAUACCAACGUUAGUUCAUGGAACUAACAUCAUGGACUUUGCAUGGGAUCCUUUUAACUGCAAGAGACUAGCUGUCGCAUGUGAUGAUGGGACAAUUCGUCUGUGGCUGAUCCCAGAAAUGGGCCUUGCUGAACCAACAAAUGAACCUGACACAAUUCUUGCUGGACACUCUGAGAAGAUCUACUUUAUCAAAUUUCAUCCACUUGCAAAGGAUGUCUUGGCAUCAGGGUCUUACGACAUGACAGUACGAAUCUGGGAUUUGGCAACUCAGGAAGAAAGAAUCGUACUGCACGGACACACAGACCAGAUGUUCAGCUUCGCUUGGAGUCCUUGUGGAGCAUACUGUGCCACAGUAAGCAGAGACAGCAAAUUACGUGUAUACAAACCUCGUUCAAACAGUCAACCUAUCCGAGAAGGCAAGGGGCCAGUAGGAUCACGAGGGGCUCGAAUUAUAUGGGCCCUUGAAGGGCGCUUCAUUGUCGUCAUGGGUUUUGAUAAGGUUUCAGAAAGGCAGAUUCAGAUAUUCAAGGCAGACAGUUUAAAUUUGCCUUUAAAUACAGUAGGGUUGGAUGUUUCUCCGGCAAUCCUAAUACCUUUCUAUGAUGAAGAUAGUUCUACACUCUUUCUCACAGGAAAGGGUGACUCAACUAUUUAUGCAUUUGAAGUGACGGAGGAAGCGCCAUAUCUUUGUCAUCUAAGUCAUCAUCGCUGUAACUCCUUGCACCAAGGACUCUCAUUCCUUCCAAAGAUUGUGUGUGAUGUUAGCAAUGUUGAGUUUGCUCGUGCUCUUCGACUAACAAACAACACUAUUGAACCACUUUCAUUCACUGUACCAAGAAUUAAGAGUGAUUUAUUCCAAGACGACUUGUUCCCACCAACCAAAGUGACGUGGAAGCCAACUCUAACAAGCACACAUUGGUUCCAGGGGAUGGACAAACUGCCAGCAAGACAGAGUCUUAAGCCAGAUGGCAUGGAGUGUUUGUCUGAAGUGCAGGGGGCUGCAGGAAACAUUGAGAAAUCUGGUGGCAAGACACUGGGAAGCACAGCUGCCACAUGUGGAACCUUCUCUGGUUCUCAGCAGCCGUACAAUCGCCUGGGAUGGAAUGCAGAUAUAAGUGGUUCAACCAAAGAGAAGCAAGAACAGAUUCAGCGAGCAGUUAGCAGCAAGAUGGAAGUGAAUCUGAAGCUCGAACAGGAUGAGAUGGAGGGUGUUGAUGAACGUGAGUGGGAGGACUGAGCAGUGACAGCACAAAAUCAAUACCGCCGACUUGGGACCAGUUGCAUUUAUAAAAAGCUCGGUGGGUUUUUCAUGGCGCAGAUCAUGGUAUUCACACUUUCUGUGCAAGAUAACAGUCACCACAUUGAUGUGUCUGUAAGUGAUAGUCUGUUUGAGCCCAGAAUGUCUACUGGAAUAUUUGCUUGAUUGUAAGUUGUAUUCAGUUUGUCCUUCCACCUUAAAAAUUACAACACUUAAUUCAGGAAAUCUAAAGAAUUAAAAUAAUGCCACAUACCUUGAUAUUCAUGCUUAUUUGCAUACAUUCCAUGUCAUUCACUGCACCCAGUAUGUAUGACAGAAUUAUGAGUACUUUACAGCAUAAUGUUCUGUUAAAUGUUAUAGAGGGCAAAAAAGAGAGAUGUUGGGUAUCAAAAUUUCCUUGAAGCUGUCAUUUACAGAUUAUGUUCUUUGUUUGUUGGUGACUCAUUAAUAGGUCUGCAAAGAUUUUUUAAUUAAAAUUCUAUAUUUGGAUAGUAGGCCAUACAUUAUUCUGUAUGAAAUGUUAUAAUUGAAAUCAGUAUUAUUACUGAUUAAUUUAAAUGAAAAGUUUAAAAAUGGGUAUUGAAUGGAAGUUUUCUGCAUUUUGAAGCCAGUUUCUCUUCAGUUAGUUAUACAUUUAAAUGUAUAUAUAAAAUAGGUGGCAGAAUUUAUCCUCAGAUAAACAGGUGAACAGUUAAUACGUUAAGUGCUGUGUUCAGCAUGUGAAGUCCUGUCUUCCAGCUGUAUCAGUUGUUCCUUACUGUUCUUAGUGACUCACCUGUUUAGGAUGAAUUAGCCAAACGUUUUAUCAUUGAACAGUUGAAAAUGUUUGGCAACAAUUCGAAGCAGAAGCUUGGCAUGAAGUUACAGACAGAAAGGAACUUGUAUUUUGAUUAAAGAUCCAUAUAUAUUAAAAGAAUAUGAAAAUUUAAAGCAGUGUGAAGACUAUUUUACUGCUCAGCCAGAAGCAUUGUUUAAAAUAAAUUAGCUUUCUAAUGUUGGUAUGAAUAUACUUAAAAAUAAACUGUUUAAUUUAAAAAAUGGCAGUCAUGUUACUGUUAAUAUUAUGUUAUUAAUAAUAAUAACAAUAAUAAUAAUAAUAAUACUGACAACAACCACAACAAUGAAAAUACCAGUAAUAAUCUCCAAAGUAUCAAAGACUUGUUGAUAUUUGAAUUUCUUAUAGUUCUUAAAAUAUAGAUUAGAAUGUCGUUUGUUUAUAAGCCAUUUGGCAACAGAGAACAUUUAAAUUAAUGCCAACUGCAGAGGCAGAGGACUUCUAAAUAUUUAACCUACAAAAUGUAGCAGUCUAGUAAAAUGGGCCAAACAUCUAGAAAAAUUAAGAUUCAGAUAGUGCCUGUUCUUAGUUUUGUCUCUGUUUAUUUUUUAUUUAUUCAUUAUUACAUUUAUUUAUUAACUUAUAUAAUCAUUUAUUUGUGCCACUUGGACAGGUUCCACUUCAUGGAAAGAUAUAGAAUUGCUGCACAAAAUGCAUACAUAUUGAUAUUAUUAGUCAUAUAUAUUUCAUAAGAUAUAAGAAAAAGGAAAUAUAUCAUAUUAUCAAGAAAAGUUCUGCACUUUUCUUCUUAUUUAAUUAAAGUAUCUUUGGAUGAACGGUGUUUUGUGUAAAAUUUCAUUGAUUCCUUGGAUUUUUUGUAUUUUCCACUUUCAUCUUUAUGUCACUCAGCUUUUUAACUCUGGAAAAUGUGACAUACAUCUGAUCAUGAGUGAGAAUGAUCAGUCACACACAGCCCAGUUUUUCUCAAAGUCUGCCCCUGUUCCUUGUUUAUGGUCAUUGCAAAGGCCACACAAACUGGAAACUGGUGCUGCUUCACUGUGAAGCCUUCUUGGGUCAGACGGUUGCAGGUGCAUGUUGUGUUCUCUAUAUAAGGACACUUUCCCCUUUGAAUGGUGAUUAGGUACCAUUCACCAUUCCUUGUUUUGUGUUCAUAUUAAAAAUUGACAUUCCUGUAGAUCAUUUUUUUUGUUCAUCUUAUAUGGUGGCAAUUCAGAUGAUUUUUUUAUUAUUCCAUUGACACAGUUGUUGGGGACAAUUGCCAAUUCUUCUUUCUUUGUGUUAGAAUGAGGCCCAGAAACAUCCUUAUCCUUUCAUUUGUAUUAGAAAAGAGAAUCAGAACAACUGUGUAGGCUAUCAUAUUAACAUCAGAGUAACACUUGUUACAUAUACUGAGAACAUUUUCCAUUUAAUACCCAACAUAAACACAGAUAGCAUUUAAUAGUACUGUUGUUUUUGUCUUGGUUGCAAGGUGACUGAAAGUAAAUGUUGCUACAUAUUCUCUGACUACUUUUAUAACUGUAUUGUUUGAGGGAAGAAUUAUGACCUCAAACCAGACUCAUUGAUGAUGAAAUCCAAACUGGUGCAAGAAAUUGCCUUGCAAGUUGUGAAUAGCAGUUAUGAACAGAAACUGUCCUUCAUCAGAGAACUGUUCAUAAUCAGUAUGGUUGGCAUACCAUAUUUACAUAAUGAAACAGUUUGUCAGUUACAGACAUCUGAAACACAGGUAACUUGGCUACUAUCUAGUCCAUGUGAUGCAUAUUUGUAAAUAAUUGCUGCUGUAGUCUUAACAAACUAUCAAUAUAAAGAAAACAUCACAGUAACUUUUACAAUUUAACUUAACAUUUAUUCCAUAAUUAAGAUUAUUUACACAACAUGUGCACACAGAAUAAAGUUUUUAAUAUAAGUUUAUUGAUGCUUGUGCUUGUGAUAAAAUGACUUCUCAAUCUGAAUAAAUAUUGAUAUUAUUUAUAAUAUAUAAAGCAGUAUUUAUAUAUAAUACAGUUAUCUUGUAAGCUUUUCAGUGAGUGCACAUUUUUUAAUAUAAAGUUAAUAUCUGACAGAGUUUCCAGAUAUAUAUCCAUCAGACAGAACAUUAUAAUAUUGACAGCUUACUUCAUUAAUACAUUAAUCCAUUAUACAGUAUGGUUUUACAUGAACCAUCAUCAGCUGGAUGGCCAGUAACACAGAAAUUAUAGAGAUGAUGACUGUAUACAGUAGAUGCCAUAUGUUGUUGGGUCCAUCAUCAAACUGCUGUUUUAAUAUCAAAUAUUUGUUUUCUACGUACAGAAGGUGUGGAAUAUUUUAGUAAUUUUUUAAGUUUUUAUUUCACUACAUCAGCUGUUAAUUCAAGAUACUCCUUUGCAGUUUUCUUAUCCACCUAUUGACUUAUUUACACAGUAACAUAUUUUUCAACAUCAUAAAAUUUGGUGAUGGCUGCAUCACCAGAAAGUAUAUAUUGAACUCUUAUGGAUAGUUGUAAUCUCUGUCAUUCUUGUAUUAUUGAUCAUCCACCUGAUGAUGCUUUUUGUAAAACCGAAAUAUGUAGUGCAGUAAAUACUAAUAAAGGAAGUUGAUAAUAUCAUUGUUCUCUUUGGUGGAUAUACACAUGGAAACUCUUUUGUCAGUUCCACACAGACAGGAUGCAUUUUAUGGAAGCCAGUGUAUUUACUGGAUGUACAGUAAUGCAAACACCCAUAAUCUGAGCUGGGUCUAUAAUGCAAACAUAUUCAUUAUUUGUAAUUUCCUACAAAAAGAGAAUAUAAGCAGGAUUGCUAAAUAAGCACUCUGUAAUUUUAUAUUGAAGAGGUAAAUGUAUGUAUUGACACAAUGUGUAGUGUGGUUAAUUUUUAAGCAUCUAAUUUGUUUAUAUAUUAAAGACUUUAGUGUUAAAGUGUUUGAUUAUCAAAGAAAAUUUUGUUGAUAAUUUGAUUUCUGUAGUCUGUAAGACUGUGUAAAACAGAGGUUUGUGUGUGUGUCCUGCACAUUUUAGAUCCAUGAAAUUUUGUGCAGGAGAUGAUAAAUGCUGUUACAAGAAUUCCAUUUUCAUCCUGAUUGAACUGUAGUAUGUACUCUACAUAUGAGUAUUAAUGAAACGUCUUUUCCCCUCUUGAAUGCCUUACCUGUUCCAACUAAAACAUUUCCGUGUGGUGGUAUCAAACCACUUUGUCUGUCCACAUUUAAUUUUUAAGGAGAUUCUACAAUGUUUUACUGUGAUAGAAGGGGCAAGAUCCUUUUAAUUGUAAUAUAUUGUGUUCAGAGGAGUGGAGAAUUAGUUGAUGUCAGACAUGUUUCAGGUUAAACCUAUAGUCUUAAGAAGAUAUGUCAUCGCUCCUGCCAUCAUUGUCAGCGGCAGCAGUAAAACAACCCUUUCUUGAGCCAUAGCUUUCCUUAGAAGAUUCUGUCAGACUUGUCUGAAUUAGACAAUCAAUUUUCAGAUUUCACAACAGUAAUUUUUUUACAGAGCGAGGUCAUCAGCCUUGCAUCCAUCCACCAACCUGGGGGAUUAGGUCUCCACAUUUAUGUCCCUCAGUGACAGUGUAGCCCCAAGGCAUCAUGUUCUUUUCUUCAUCCUCUGUGACUUGCAGGGGUAUGGUAGGGGUAUUUAGAGCAAGUAUAUAUGACUCAGAAUUACUGGGUUUUUGGACUUUAAAUGUUUUGGAAACUGGAUGUUUCCCUCCUCAGGUGAGGGAGAGGAAAUCACCUACUCAGUUGGGUCCCUUAGAAAGAACUAACCUCAAUUACUGGAACUCCCCUGUCAGAUUCAUGCAGCUAUUCAAUCACCUUAGACCAGGCUAAUGCAGCGGAAGAUAACAAGAACAUAUGCAAUAAAAUUGUGACCGAGCGCACACGUGUGGAACUAGGAUAGAAAAGGAUGUAGAAAUUUGUGUAAAAACCUAGCCAAGAAAAAACAAGUGCAUUAGCACCAAUGCAAAGAAAUUGAAAGAUUUCGUGAAGACAUGUACAUCUGCCACUAGUGACAUCUGUGGAGUAAAACCAGAACAUUCAAGACUGAAACCUAAUGGAAACCCAUGAAAAUCCCAAGUAUAUAUGAACAUAACAAAAUGACAGGACAAUUUCAAGCAUGUAUAUUCCCACUUAUGCAAAGUAUGGUGCAAAAAUUUGUUUCCAGUUUAUUAACUCUUUUGCUGCAAUACAUAUUAGUGGUAUUUUACUGUGAGUGAAUAGAAUUUUUCAUUUCUGUAUGUUAUGCAACAAAUACUGGUCAGAUGAAUCAACAGACUUAAUAUUUGUAACUAAAUAAUACUGUAUUUAAGCAUCCUGUUCCAUUAAUAUAUCAUUUGUACAAAUAUAUUUCCAUCUUAUAUGCAACAUAUUAUUCUAGAAACCCUUCUUCCUCACUACAUGUUUCAGCCAAUCACGGCCAUCAUCAGGUAUCUUCUGUCAUGCUGAAAUUGUACUGUAUGUCAAAAUCAUAUAUUGCAUGCGAAAGUGAUAUUUCCUGAUUAAAAUAAAUUAACCUUAAUUAAAGUUAACAUGGCAGUAUUUUCCUUACUGUCACUUUCCAAUCAUUUAACAGAUAUAUGCUUAAUAUCUCUAGUUUUGGAUUUAUUUGCACAGCAUUCCCUUUUCAGCAUGGACAUUAUGCAUGUUAUUUGAGCAGUUCAUAAUACCCACACCAUAAAGGGAAUGCUGCAAAAAUAAAUCCAAAAUGAGAGAUACUCAGGCACAUAUCUUUUAAACGAAUGGAUGAUGACUACAAGGAAAACAUUGGGAUGUUAAUUAAUUUUAAUUAAGGUUAAUUUAUUUUAACCAGGAAAUAUUGCAUCACAUGUGACACAUAAUUUUGACAUAUGGUGCAACAAUUUUAGCAAGAUGAAAGACACAUGAUGAUGGCCGUAUAUGGCUAAAACAUGUAGUGAGGAAGAAGGGUGACUAGAUAAUAAGUUGCAUUUAAGAGAGAAACAUGUGGGUGCAAAUAAAUUGUAACUGAAUAUAUUGCUGGAUGAUCUCUAGAUCACAUCAUCAUUUUGUAAUGAUUGUAUCUGAAAAUGUCCUGGUUGGAGUGUUCCCUCUAUACCAUUGAUUUUAAGUGAGAUAUUUCAAGUUUUUCUGUCUUUCCAGACAGUAGGCCAUGUAUGAAUACUAUAAAUGUUUUGCCUGCUGAUGUAUAUAACCCAUGCAAUGAACAGAAUAGUAUUAAAUAAACCAAUAUCAAUAUUUAACAUGGGUGGAAGUGUUUAUUCCAAUUUGGAAUACACAUAUUUUCAAAAUUAAUUCUUUGAUUUAAUGCCUCACUAGCCUGGAUAUUCAUUUAUUACAAACAAAAAUCUCUUCUAGCAUUUACAAACCCAUUGUUGAAACAGUAAUCACACUACAGAAAUCACACUGCUUAAUCACAAACAAUUGUUCCUUGUGUAUCCGUAAAAUAUAUUCACUGUAUUAAACAAUGUUACAAAUGAAAGUUGCAGAUCUUAAUAAAGUCUGUAUUUUAUUUCACAUUCAGAGUGUGGGAAUGAUGAGCAUUUUUAGAAAAAUUAUAAAAAGUUCAGUUUGACCUUAAUGUAAAGUAUAUGUUAUAAUGGACUGGUAUGAACCAGUGUCUAACAGCAUUUAAUUAAGCCCAAUACCGAAUCUAAUAUAAAUUAGUCUAGCAGUUUGGCAGGUAUAACUUGUGGACAGAUGGAUACACAUAACCCAUUCUUUAUGUUCUUUGUCAUGUAUUUUUUGCUGAAAAUGAAUGGGUAUGAUGUAUUUCAUCAGAAUGCGAAAGUUUAAGAAAAAAAUUGGUAAAUAUGUCAUACUGAUGAUAUAUGUAAUUUAAUUUCAAAUUUCUUCACCUCUUCCACACAUGUAAUCAGUGUUACACUGCAGCCAAAUACUCUAAGGUACCAUGUAGGAUUUACAGGGUUAGUGUCACUAUUUGAAUUGCUUUAGUGCAUUCUUUGACAGUAGAUAAGCGUGAACAGAAAUGAACACAUUUUGCACUUCUUGUUUCAUCUGGUUUCAUUAUGUUGCAGUUUUCUGAAUCAUACAGUUAGUGUAGACUUGAGAUUGUAAGGUAAAACAAAGAAACAGUUUCCCUGCCAAGUUCUGUCUGUUUCUUUAUCCACAGUGGUAUUUCUGAUGCUUAUAGUGAAUGACAUAAUUCUGCACCCUCUCUAAAAUAACAGAGGUGACUAACCUGAAAUUCAGUCUGACUUUAGUAUGUAUAACUUCCUACACCAUAAAGGAACAUAAUUAAAUUGGUAAGGAUUAAUUUUCUGGUAAAGCUUCUCAGGAUAUUAGUUGUGCCAAGACUUUUGGGCCUUCACUUACCAUAAAUACUUAAAUUUUAUAUAAGGUUCAGUUUGGAAUUUGUCAUGGUGACUUGAAGACACUUAAGUCAGCUUGACAGUUCAUGUGUAAUAUGAAAGAUAACUGACCAGCAGUAGGUCAUCAGUUACUGAUAGUAACUUAGUAAAACUUAAUAAUCAUAUUAUGAGCAGCCAAACAAAUUUUUAUACAGAAUGAAAUUAUGCUUUCCAUACUUUAAUGUGCUCUUGUUACGAGGACUGAUUUAUGCAGUAAUCCAGCAUUCCAUAAUGGUGCCAAAAAUAAUUGUAAUUUCGUUUUCUAAGUCUGAGGAAUUUCAGUAUUAUGUAGUUCUUGUUUCUGAUUGUUCAAAUGCUCAAAUGUUUGCAGUUUAUUUGUAUUUGAAUUGCACUGAUGAGAAGUCAUGUGAAUUAGCCUGUAGAAUGAUAGUAUUAACAACUUUUCUUUCAAUCAUGACCUGAAAUAACUGAUAAUGUCAUUUAAUACAAAAAUAUGGGAAGACAGGAGGUUUGAAAGGGAAUUCAAAGAAAUGAAUGGGAAAUGUAUAGGGAUUUGGGAAAAUAAGCUUUCAUUGACUAUUGUCAUAGUUUUGGGAAUUGGGUGGCAGAAAUAAUGUAACAUUCCCAUAAGGUUGACAAAUGAUUGAAGAUAUAUAAAAGCAAAGCAGUUUUUUGAUAAAUAUUUUCUACAUUUAAAGCAAUUUUUAAAUUCAUAUUUAAAAUGGAAGUGUACAUAACAAGUAUAAUCUGUAAUAACUAACUCAUCACUGUUUCUUUCAUCAUCUGCAGCAGAAGUAAGGUACAGCAUCAGAAUUCCUUUAUAGUCAGAACCUGUCUUCUUAUAUUUUAUGACAGGAAGAUUCCAACUAUUACAAUAGAAAUUAUGCAAAAAUGAUUGCUUACCAUUAAUAAUAGUAAGAUGAAGAAGAAGAAGAAGAAUAACUAAGGCAAAUUUUGGUUUUAACAGUACAUAAACAACAAAAUGGAAAGGUUUCCAUCAGAAAGAUUAGAAUUUUUGCAUGCAUUUGUGUUGUGAAUGGUGACUGAUUGUGUGAUUCUUGUAUGGAGAGAUGAUGAGCAUUAUGUAACUUGUGUUCUGGUAUGUUGCAAGGAAGCAGUUCCAUGUUUUUUAGUGUGUACAUUUUUCAUUAUUUUUAUAGUAUAAAUAUAUAUGUAAACAUAA